AUGACGCCGGAGGGGUACGAACGCCGAACGACGCAUCGCACGCCGACGACGCGACGCGACGACGACGACGACGGAUGGUUCGCGUCGCGGACGACGACGCGUGAGAAACGCCGCGACGGCGACGCGCUCCAGCGCGCGGCGCUGGACAGCGCGUGGGGCGGGGCGAGAGGGAAGACGCGACGCGCGCGCGACGACGGGUCGCCGAGCAAGACGCGAAGCCGCGGAGGCGCGACGGCGACGCCGGAGGUCGCGCUGGGCGCGGUGGACGACGCGAUCGACGCGAUGAUCGUGAAAUCGAUCGGGGCGACGUCGGCGGCGGUGUCGGCGCUGACGCGAGGGGCGAGUUAUCUGGGGGAGGUGUUCGACCGCGCGGCGGAUUCGUGGGACGCGAACGACGGGAAGAAGGACGACGACGAGGGAUGGACGAGAACGAAGUUUACGACGACGAACGCGAGAGCGCCGACGGGGAAAGAAAACGUACCCGUAACGCCGCGAGCGAUGACGUUCGGGACGCGGGACGACGAUUCGAGCGCGUUGGAGAUGGAGGCGUUGCGGCGAGAGGUCGCCGCGGCGAAGGCGCGCGAGCGGGAGACGACGCGCCUCGCGGAGGAAUUGAAGCGUCAAAACUUGGCUCUUCAGAAACGACAAGUCGCGCGCGAGGCGAAAGCGAGUCCGGAGAUGGUGGCGCUCGUCGAUCAGCUUCGCGCGCAGGUGGAGGCGUUGAUGAGUGAAAAGUCUUCCCUGACGCACGAGAACAAACGGUUGCAGCGCGAAAACAGAGACUUGCACGCGUUCAUCCGGACGAGCGACGGCGACGAGGACGACGGCGACGAGUCCACCGAUGCGUCGAGCGAUCUUGGUAACUUAUCUCCAGAGGAGGUUGAAAAACUCGAGCGCGAGAUCGCGGAGAUGGAGGCGUCUCUGGAAAACUCGACCCUCGAUUACGCGGCGCAAAAUUCGUCCAUGGAAUCGGAGAGCGCGUAG